GAGAGAGAGAGACAGACAGCGUCGCGCGCAGUAAACACCCUGUGACCGAUGAUAUUUUACGCGAUUAAAUCCGUGUAAUCAGCGAUUAUUUUUCACACACGGAUGAAGAACAGUGGUUUAGACUGAACUCAGACCGGAUCCGGGUUUAAAGCUUCAUUUAAACAAAGUUUUCCAAGACAUAGAGCAGAAGUCACCACAAUGGUUCUAUAACACCUGUAAGAUAAAAACACCUCUGAGUAACUGUUGGUCAACCUGAAGUUACUGAAGAUCAGUUGUAAUCGCAAUCACAUUCCUGGCAAGAUGGCCAUGGUGCAGAACAACCGUCCUCACCCUGAGAAGGACCUGGCUCUGCUCAGAGUACCGGUGAAGAGGCUGAUGCGAGAGAGGCAGAUAGAAGCAACGCCCAUAAAGAAGCGCGUGAUGGCGGCACUUAAUUUGUCAUGCAAAAAGGCUUCGGAGUCAUCGUCAAGGACUCCUGUCAUAAAAACUGAACAUGUAGAGAAGGACUCAGAGUUUCUUAACUAUCAACACGUCCCAAAGGGACAGGCCGGACGAGACGGCGCUCUGGACCUGAGCCCGGCUUUGAGACACACUCUGGCCCAGUUUACUCUGAGCAGUCAGUGUUCUUUAGGAGGCCCUGCUGCCUUUUCUGGUCAGUACAGCCAGGAGAAGCUGGCUCCGUCUCUCAGCCAGGCCAGCGUGGCAGUCGGGCCCUUACUGGUGCCUCCUGACAGCUCCACAGAGCUGGUGUUGUGCACGCUGGAGGGCGAAUCUAUUUCCUGCUUCUCAGUGGGUGGUGAGCUGCGCCUGUGUUUGCCUCAAGUGCUCAACACGGUGCUGCGAGACUUCUCCCUGCAGCAGAUCAACUCUGUGUGCGAUCAGCUCUACGUCUACUGCUCGCGCUGCAACGCUUCCCAGCUGCACGUCCUCAAAGUGCUGGGCGUACUCCCGGCCGGCGCUCCGUCCUGCGGCCUCAUCACGCUCACCGACGCCCAGCGGCUCUGCAACACCCUGCUCCACCCGGGAGACAACGUUCCCGCCGGCCCGCAUAAAGACCACCGGCUUGCCGAAGAAGAGGAGCAAGAAGCCGAGGAAGCUGGAGGGUUCUGGGUGGAGCAUCAGUGCCUGGGGAAGUGCCAGGGCCUGUUCCUUACUCGUCUCUAUGCCGCUCCGGGGGCUCCGUGCAUCCGAUGCUCGCAGUGUCGACAGCUUUUCUGUCCCGAACGCUUCGUGAUGCACUCGCACCGGCAACCGGACAAGCGGACGUGUCACUGGGGCUUCGACUCCGCCAAGUGGGCGUGUUACCUCCAACUGGGGCGACGGCACCACGGCACGGCUGACGAGGGGAAACUGGAGCAGCUCCUGGAGGCCAUGAAACUGAAGUUCACUGGGAGUCGUCUGGACAUGAAGACGUCACAUCUGGAGACUGCCCGGGUGGAGGAGGGGUUAAAUCUGUGUUCUGGGAAAGAGAAAGUGUGUGAGAGCGGUACAGAUGGAAAGGUGGGGGCGUUCCCGGGGUACGUGUUCGACCCGUGUCUCCUCACCAACCUGAAGGAGGAUCCCAGACACCUCGACCUCAUGUGGCAAAGUUGGUAUCUUUACAUGCACGAUAAGCUGAGCAUCUCCGGCAUGGCCCUGGACUCUGCACAAGCUACUGAUACAGACGACGACGCUCCGAGAGCAGAGACGCUGAAACCUGUGAAAAAGGCGUGUGAGGAAGCAGAGGAAGGUGAGGGCAAAGCAUCCGCAGGGAGCAAAAAAACAAGUCGCCCAGCCAGCCAAUCACAGCGCAGCGAUCCGGAUGAGCGGCCCAGGGUUUCCAUAGAAACGCCGGCAUGUGAUGAGAAGUCUUUGGAGGAGAACAAGGACAGCAUGGUAGUGGAGGUGCUUCAGAUGUACAACGCUCAGCAGGAGAAGCUGCAGUCCACGCUACGCAAGCAGCAGCAGCUGGAAAAGGAGCUGCAGGCUCUGCGUGAGGCCGACGCAGACCAGCUGGGGGAGGUGCAGACGCAGCUGCAGACGGAGCAUGCUCAGAAGAAGGAGGUGGAGCAGGAGGAGCAGAAGAGGCUUCAGUGCAGCGUGGAGCAGCAGCAGCAGAGCUGCAGGUGCCGAGAGCAGCAGGAGAACCGUUACUCUGCACAGUUGUUGGAGCUGCGCCAGAGGCUGGACCGCGCUGAGGAGGACCGUGAGGAGCUGCAGGAGGAGCUGAGGCGUGAGCGAGAAGCUCGGGAGAAGCUGGAGAGGAUCAUCUCUGAGCUCAGACAGCAGAUGAAGGAGUCUGUUCCUCCGUCAGCUCUCGACAGCCCACUCUCCAACUCCUCCAGCGACGUCCUCAUGUCUCCUCCGUAACCUCGCGUUCACAAUGCUAAUCAUUUCAUUUCACUUUUACUUUGUUCACGGACAAUUCCUCGAGAACGUUACGUUUUCAUCAGCGCACUUCAUUAUUCCACGGGGACAAAUUAAAAUGAAAACAAACAAACAAACAAGCAUAUGUAUCCUGGAUUUUUUUUUGGUAUAAAGAGCAUUAACUGCUUUUUUAUGUAACUUUUUUUGAGUAUGCAAAUUUUCAUGCAUGUGUAAUAAUCCUGAGAGAGAGUAUGUAUGUAUGUGUGUGUGUGUGUGUGAAUUUCAGAAUGAAACUGUCAGCGUUGAUUAUCCCGUGCGCUGACUACUGUUAGAAAAAAACAACAACUAGAUUUCAGAUUUUUUUUAAAAGUUGUAAUGUGCUAUUGUUUAUUAAAAUAAAGUAUUUAUUACAUUGUUUUAUUGCUAGAUGUUAUUGUGAGAAAACCUUUAUUUAAAAAAAAAAAACCCGACACGCUUAUAGGUAUAGGUACGCUAACUUUUAAUUUCAUGAUGUUGAUCAGAAGGAGCAGAAAUUUUGUGUCAUCCCCGUUUAAAAUUUGAGCAUAACUCCAGAGACAUUCCACAUGUCCCGAGCAAUCUCUUCUUCUCUUCAUAUCAGAUUCUGAAUUUUACUCACUGCACCUUUAAGCCAUGUCUGAAUGUAUGAUACUGUAUGUAUGCAUGUGCGCUGAAAAAAAAUUAUAUAUAUAUAUAUAUAUAUAUAUAUAUAUAUAUAUAUAUAUAUAUAUAUAUAUAUAUAUACACACGGAUUAUCUUAACUGAGUUUACAGCAUCGUAUAUGUUUUUAAAAAGAAUUCUGUAUAGAAAUGUUUUGUAAAAUGUUUCUUUCUUGAUUUUCUCUCUCUCUCUGUAUAACCUUCUGUUUUCUUUUGAAAUUUUUAACAAAUUUCUGAAGUUAAAAACAUUAAAGAUUUAAAAAAUGGUUCUUUAUUAUUGUCACAUGAUAGGAAUUGAUAUUAAUGCCUGUGUGUGAUCAGUUUAGAUGAACAGGGUUUAUUAUAAAUAAAGAAAGAAAGAAAGAAAGAAGCGUGCUGCGAGAGCGAGUGGAAGUGCUUGUGCUCUGUGAUCCACGACAAUCAGACUGAAUGUUGGAUUUCUGGGCCAGAAAGACUUAAAGACUGAGCUGAUGGCGUUGUUCCUACCUCAGAUGAACGGUGUAUGAGUUGUGUAUUUGUGUUUUCAUACAGUGUGGACUGAUGGAGCGCUGAAAUUACCUCUUUGCUGUUUCUAUGCUGCUUUCUGAGAGAAGUGUUAUGGGCUUUUUCACGUCGCCUCGUCGACUGAUGCAUGUUGAACAUUAAGGUCAAAGAAAAGCA